UCCGUUGGCGAAUUCCAGGGUCAGACACUCGCCGGCUGCUCAACACUGGACUUAGAUGAACUUUCUGUCUGUCUGGAGGAACUUUUUGAGACAAAAUAAGGAAAGGAAAAACGGACGUGAUCUCGAAGUAAAGGGAAGUUGGGACUCGCACGCGCCACGUCGGUGAUUUUAACAACUUUUUAUGCUUCGCUGAGUUCAUCAGAAGUUGCCAUUUUUGUGCCUUUAGACAGCUGAAGGGUUCAGACUUUAACAAAGGAGGAAAAGUGACUCGUCAGCGCUGCAGUUAGACUGAGUCACACUGUUUCGACACAUUUAAAAGGAGGAUUAGUGGCUUGUUUCUUUAUCUCAAGUGUGUGUUCCGCUUCUGCCUGACUCAUUGGCAGACACGAACAUCUACUCAGACAGCUGCCUGCCUCCAUGUCUGCCGGGCCCCGCGGCUGGAGCAGCUGAACCGGGCGGCUGCCGCUGGAGUUGCCCGGCCCCUGUCAGGUGAAAGGCGUGGCUUUGGGUGGUGGUGCUUUGAUCGAAAAACACCUGAGGUAGUGUGUGUCAGUAACAUGAGAGCUGAGCUGAGCUGGAGUCCGUUUUGAGGAGCUGUUCGGACUUUUUAUUUCACUCUAAUGAAAAUGUUUUCCAAUCGUUGAGGUUUGUUUACUGCCUUGGCUUCUCAGGUCACGCGGACACAGUAUGGACCGUUAUGAGAAGUCGUACUCUAUCAAAGUUUGACCGUUUGGACUGACCGAAGAAAACUGGGUCGAAGUGGUUCCAACACUUAACUAUUUACUGACCGGUGGAUAAAUUGGAGUCAUGGCGUUGUCUCAGAUUCAGUGUUUGGACGACCACCACGUCAACUGGCGCGUGAGUGAGAGCAAAGCGGAGUUUUUCUAUAGUGAGGACCAACGGCUGGCUCUGGAGGCUCUCAUCACCAAGGGCCGCGAUGCUUUCAUGGACUACAUCAGCGAGCAUAAAGUCCGGGAGUUCCUCUCGGAACCGGAGCUGGAGCGGAUUGCACGGGUAGCAGAGGCCUACCGUCCUGGGCAUGAGCAUCACCCGAAACCAGAGACGCCGUUACCGGGUAGCUCUACCCCCGGGUUGGGGAACAUCACCCCGGGGUCCGCGGAAGACGCCGGGGACGGUGAGGUGUCGCUGCAGUACUGGCCUGACCGGUCUGAGGCCUCAGUGGCGGAACUGGACCUUGGCUGGCCUGACGCCAUAUCAUACAGAGGGGUCACGCGCGUGACCGUGUACACCCAACCUCCUACAGAGGGUCACACGCACAUCAAAGAGGUGGUGCGGAAGAGCAUUGCAUCAGCCCAGAAGGUGAUCGCUGUAGUGAUGGAUGUUUUUACAGACGUGGAUAUCUUUCGAGACCUGCUGGAUGCUGGCUACAAACGCAAAGUUCCUGUAUACAUUAUCCUUGACCAGGCUGCAGUCCCAUGCUUUCUUUCCAUGUGUGGCAGAGCUGAUAUGCACCGCGGACACCUGAAGAAUCUGCGUGUUCGCUGCUGUGGAGGUGUGGAGUUCUUUACAAGGUCAGCACAGAAGGUUCGUGGAUCUCUGAGCCAGAAGUUCCUCCUGGUCGAUGGAGACAGAGCCAUCUCAGGCUCCUACAGCUUCACCUGGUCCUCCUCUCGUCUGGACCGUAACCUCAUCACUGUGAUCACAGGACAGGCGGUGGAGACCUUUGACCUGCAGUUUCGUGAUCUCUUCCUCCUGUCCAGAGGCGUGUCUCUCAACAAGGUUCCCAUGGUGGACGAACCUGUCCCUGAUCCAAUCCCACAGGCUGCUCCAGUUCCGGUUCCAGCUUCUAUUGCUCGGAAACUCAUCAAUCCCAAAUAUGCCCUGGUUGCAGCGGGGACAAGUCAGACUUCUUCUGAACAAACCUCCAAUAAGCCGAUUCCCCCCGGGUUAAAGAUAAUGAAGGCACGUCUCAAAGGGGUUAUUGAAGAGCCAGCCAUACACCCUGGAUUACUGAAUCUGGAGAAAGCAAACCUGAUCCCAUACCUGCCCACCUGGCCAGAACCAGAUCCACCAAGUGAUGUGAUUGGCUUCAUCAACAUUAGGGAUGAAAAGCGAGCCAAUCAGGUUCAUUUACAGAGGUCUGAGAGGUUUGAGGUCAGCCAAGCUAUACGCUUCACUUCACCGCUUACACUUCCAGCAAAGAACGAACCAGCUUUACGUCAGGAUGAUAAAAUGGAUGGAAAAGCAGAAAAUCCUCCUGGGAGUAAAGGUACAGAUGCUACAAGUCCAGUGAGUCCAACCAAGAAACAGUCCAAAAAGCAAACACAAGCAGCACAACAUAUAGACCAGUCUGAUGAAACAGAUUCAAGAGCACCCCCUCAACAGCAAAACACACCUGCAACACAAGAGACACAAAAAACAAGUACGCACACUCCUACAUCACAACCCAAAGUUACUGCGGCAUCACAACCAAUAGAAAAUGCCAAACAAACCCCAGAGAACCCACAAACCGUCGCACCUCCUGUUCCAAAACCCCGCACACUGCAGAUAGUUCUAGAUUCUGCCCCUGCAGAACAGCAAGGCAACCCGCAAGUCACCCUGAUGAAAAUGGACCAAUCAGACGAGGAGGAGGAGGAGCUGAAACCAAGCCGCCGUAACUUAAAAUUAACAUUAAAAGACGACAGCCCGGACUCAGGCAGCAACGAGGAAGGAAGCCAAGACAGCACAAAGGUCAUCUGUGACCGAGCUGCCAAUGAUGAUCCUUCGAGCACAUCCACAGCGUCAGAAGAGGAGUUUUAUGACUGUGCACAACCUGACACCAGAGACCAGAUGUCCAAUGGGGUGACGACAGGGUCAGGACGCGGGCAUCGCCAUGGAGAUGGGGUCAACAUGAUGGCUCGCCUCUCACAGAGCAUGCUGGACUUGCGGGAGCCGAGCAAAUCAGAGGACAGCACUGAACUGAUUCGCCAAUCACAGCAGCUCCGCAGACAAGGUUACCCCUCACCACACAGGCACAUAGGACAGUUGUUCAAGACUUCAAAAUCUCCAGGCCGUGAUGGGCGACUGAGAGGAAAUACAGUAGUACUUGCUAAACCAGGCAGUUUUCACCGCCCGACCCGAGCAGCUGGCCCUGUGAUUGGAGGACACCGUUACUGGCAGGGUCAAACACUGCAGUCUGAAUCAUCUCAGUUCCAUGGAGAGACGCGCUCUGGACGGUCACCAAGACGCCACAGCCCUGGCUACAGGAAGACAGACCACGCAUCCCCACAGCCACCAACCAAUGCUUCGGGGUUACUUGGAGUAUCUUUCUCAAAACUGAACAAUUUGAAACACCUAAGGGCAAGAGCUGGGGUACCACAAAAGAAAAUGUCGCAGAAUAACAAGGCUACCAGGUAGAACUGUGGGCAGGUACAUGUACAUAAUGGGGAUUAGAGUUAAUUAAGUUGCUCAAUCUUCAGUGUGGAAUCUUCCCUAUCUCUGCCAUACAAAGUUACUUCCUGUUUUAAAACCUUUAGGCUCAACAUACAGGAUAUCUGUAACUGGGAUACUUUGACUAUGUCAACAAGGGUUGGCAACUUCGUUAAAUGAUUUGUUUGAAGAGGUUUUGUCUGUAAAUAGAUUACAUCACCUUCCAAUUCUACAUUUAUUUGAAAAAAGGUUUCUAGUUUGAUUGUUUUGGUCUGACCAUGGGCUGCAGAGUACUGGACCAGGUCUGAGUGACGUCAGCCUUUUUGUUACUGAAGGGGCCUUUGAAGCCAUAUGAGACGUCGCUAUAUUGAAAACGCCGUCUUAAAUCAACUUCAGAUCAAACAUGAAUAAACAAAGAGGUGGAACUGAGGCAGGCCUUAGCCUCCUGACAAACAAAAAUACUUGCUAGCUACCAGUCAUAUCAGACAUGCUGAACUUAUAUCCUCUAAACCAAAAGUACGAGCUAUGAAAAAAACCCUGGAAGUGCCCAUGAAGAUAUGAACUCUUAAGACCAAAACUGUUUUUUGAACCAGGCUGUAAACGUGUUUUUUCUGCUGUAAAAAUUGCUAUUUUAACAUGGGAUGUAUAUUCUGUAUGACUUCUGGUGCUUCUGCAGGCAGCCUCAAGUGGACAGUCGAGGAACUGCAGUGUUUUACACUUCAGCGUUGGUUUUGUUUUUCAACAGUGGCAAUUUCCACGUGUUCUUUACUUGCUGAUAAUGAACUUUUGAAACAGGAACUAUACAGACAUAUAACUUGACAUUUGCAUGUUUAGAAACAUGCAUAAAGACACAUUUUAGCACUUCCCUCUAAUAUAUUUAUCCAAGAGUUGUGUGAAGAUUUCUAUCAUAAGCAGGGUUUAUUUAAAGGUGAUAACCAGUCCAAAGAGACACUGUGACGGUGUGAUAGUAUUCCCUUUAAUAUUGUAAAUAAUCCUCUGAACAACUUCUUAAUUACCUCAACUGCAAUUCUUUUUCAUUUUUUUGUACUGUAACCAACACAGAUGGAUGUGUUGUAUCUGUGAAAUCAAUGUUAUCUGAUUGUCUUCCCACUGACAAGAGAGUCAUGCUCUGGUGUUGAUAGCACUGUGAUUGGUUACUGAUGUUGCAAGGGUAGGGCUAAUGCUAUGAUUACUUAUAUAGAUGGAUGUGAUUGAUAACCUGUGCAGGUACAGAGAGGUUGUAAAUAUGGAAUUUAAAUCACUGAUAUGGGACCAAAAGGGAACAUUGUAAAUAAAAAGAUGGAUUGUUGCUGAACACACACUGCUGUCGUCCUAACAAGUUAAGUCAACACAUGAUUGUCACCAGAUGUUUUUGUGAAAAACAUCUAAAACAGUAGAUGAUUGUGUCUACAGACACUUCAGCAGAAUGGAGUUAGGGCAAGUCAUAUGAGCAAAACCAACCACCUAACUUUAAGAGUAGAAGGUCCAGCUUGCUCCUGUCCAAACAAACUUACCAUAAGGUUCAUUUUGGCUGGACUGGAGGAUGAGUAGUUCACUUUUUAACUAAAUCAUCUUACAUUUUGCUGUAAUUUUCCUCUUUUGACCUGUUUAUUUACUGCCAAUAACAUUGACUAUGUGACAGCAAAUGUGGAAGUGGUAACUCUGUCAAAUUACAUUUCCAGGAUGUAAGUUCAUCUAGAAAUACAAGGAAGUGUUUUUUACAGGACAUUUGUAUAAGUUUAUAUUUUAUUUGCUUUAUCUGAUUAAGCCCCCCUCUUUUAUAGCCAUACCACCUGA